AUAGGAUGACAAACGUCAGAAACUCAGAUAUUGUCAAUAACCAUCACACACAGCUUGCGCGAUUUAGUUUAUUUUAGAAUUAUUAAAUAGAAUAACAAACGUGUACGUCUUUGUCUUGUAUGGCAUUUUCGUGUUAAGCUCCUGGGAGCGUUAGUGUUCUUGAUGGUUUCGGGUGACGAUUCCAAUGGUGGUCGUUUAUCACGGAAAACUACGAGGUCUCCGAACCGAAAAUCGAAAAAGGCAGAUGCGAACCUAGCAAAGGGUUCAGCGUUGCGACAUGACUCGCAACCUUCAGUUCAUAAAAGAAAUCUUUACGUCGUUUCUUACCCUAUCAUUAUUUUGUUCAACGUCCUCAGAUCUAUUUUGUACCAGUUGUUUAUAAUUUUUAAAUAUUUGUAUUCGGCUUCGCACCGGUUUAUGCAUAAGCCUCGUAAGAACGGCGAGUGUAAUUUGGAAGUGGUGGUAAAAGACGGCGUGAUAUCGACUGAGUUAGCUCCAGAAGACAUGUCUCACACACACAAUGUGGGACCAGGGGACCCUCUACUGGCCAAACAGAAGCAUCACCAUCGCAAGGCUUUUGAAUACAUAUCAAAAGCCUUGAAGAUUGAUGAGGAAAAUGAGGGUCAGAAAGAGCUAGCGAUAGAGCUGUACAAGAAAGGCAUUUAUGAGCUGGAGAGAGGUAUAGCUGUUGACUGUUGGGGCGGCCGCGGCGAUGCCUGGCAGCGCGCACAGCGCCUGCACGAUAAGAUGAAAACAAACUUGGGCAUGGCAAAGGAUCGAUUACAUUUCCUUGCCAACCUUGUCGCCCUCAGUAAGUUGGGCGUAGAGAGUGAGUCCGAGCGAAGCGACAAAAAGGCCACGGAGUCGCCUCUAAAGGGGCGCAGGCCCUUAGAGAAGUCCAAGACGACACUACUAGCGCAUACAGAAAGUAACAGUGGUCAAACGAAGCCACCGAACGAAGUUGCGGGUCGCAAGCUGACAACCGCAAGUAGACGUGUGCCGGGUAACGGCGGUGGACCCCUCAUGAAGUCUCAGACACUACCCAGGUCCAUGGGACGCUCUUCAUCCCAGCCGAACAGUUCCAAUGGGGGCUACGGUCGGUACCCCCUGAAACCCGCAUCCACGCCCCCAGCAGUUAAACGACAACUUUCGGGUGGUUACCAAGUCCCAGUGAACGGUUCGCCAGUCCGGCGCGCGGGGUCACAACGAGGCACGCCGACCCGCAGCCGCACGCCGCAACCCCUCGCCGUGCGCGGGGUCGACCCCAAGCUUGUGCAACUCAUACUAGACGAGAUCAUCGAAGGGGGUCCUAAAGUGCACUGGGAUGAUAUCGCUGGACAAGAGGCAGCUAAACAAGCAUUGCAAGAGAUGGUAGUUCUUCCUUCGCUCCGACCUGAGCUCUUCACAGGUCUUCGGUCGCCAGCUAAAGGAUUGCUGUUAUUUGGACCUCCAGGAAAUGGUAAGACGUUAUUAGCUCGAUGUGUGGCAGCGGAGUGUUCAGCGACUUUCUUCUCAAUAUCGGCAGCGACUCUCACAAGCAAAUACGUGGGAGAUGGAGAGAAGAUGGUGCGAGCUCUCUUCCAGGUCGCCAGGGAACUGCAGCCGUCCAUAAUAUUUGUGGACGAAGUGGACUCUUUGCUGUGUGAGCGGUCUUCGGGUGAGCACGAGGCAUCUCGUCGCCUCAAGACCGAGUUCCUGGUGGAGUUCGACGGGCUGCCGGCCACGGGAGCCGACAGACUUAUAGUUAUGGCCGCCACUAAUCGACCACAGGAAUUAGAUGAAGCUGCCCUUAGACGUUUCCCGAAGCGUGUGUACGUGUCGCUGCCGGACGCGCGCACGCGGGCGACACUGGUGCGGCGCGUGCUGGCUCGCGGGGCGGCGGGCGCGGCGCUGGCGGAGGCUGAGCUGGCGCGGCUCGCGGCACUCACUGACGGGUACUCCGGCAGUGACCUCACCGCGCUCUGUAGAGAUGCAGCACUAGGACCUAUUAGAGAGUUAGACCCCGAGGAGGUGAAGUGCCUGGACUUGUCUCUAGUCCGCAGCAUUACAUUCCAAGACUUUAUGGACUCCCUGAAGCGCAUCCGACCUUCCGUGUCCCCCCACAGCCUCGCCGCAUACGAGAAGUGGUCCGUGCAGUAUGGAGACCUCGGCCUCUGAAUACAGGUAUUUACUACAUUUAAAGGAAGUAAGUGUAUUUUUACUCCGGGAUUCCGUGAGUUGUUUCAAUAGGAAGGGAACUAUGACGAAAAUACAUCAUGAAUAAAGCCCUACGAAGAUAACAGAAACGACGUUAAUUCCAUAUUUAUAUUA